CAACUUGAGUACUCCGUAUGUUUUUCUAGCAUCUGAGUUUUUUCCCCUUCCACGACGUCCAAGUGAGAAUUAGAAGCAGCUGCGCCGUUUCUGUUGCGGGAUGGCGAAGAUGGGAGUGGGACUGGGGCUUGAGCCGGUGGUGGGGUCGCUAGCGCCGUCGAGGAAGAGAGAGUACAGGGUCACCAACAGGCUCCAAGAGGGGAAGCGCCCCCUCUACGCCGUCGUUUUCAACUUCAUCGACUCCAGAUACUUCAACGUCUUCGCCACCGUCGGCGGCAAUCGGGUGACCGUGUACCAGUGUCUUGACGGGGGUGUUAUUGCUGUGUUGCAAUCUUACAUUGACGACGAUAAAGAUGAAUCCUUUUACACUGUGACAUGGGCGUGCAGUACUGACGGGACUCCAUUAUUAGUUGCUGGAGGAAUCAAUGGUAUUAUCCGUGUCAUUGAUGCAGGCAAUGAGAAGAUACACAAGAGUUUUGUGGGCCAUGGGGACUCAAUAAAUGAAAUUAGAACGCAGCCAUUGAGACCAUCACUUGUAGUGUCUGCAAGCAAAGAUGAAUCAGUUCGGCUGUGGAAUGUUCAUACCGGAAUAUGCAUUUUGAUAUUUGCUGGUGCCGGCGGUCAUCGCAAUGAAGUCUUGAGCGUGGACUUUCAUCCUUCAGAUAUAUAUCGUAUUGCAAGUUGUGGAAUGGAUAACACUGUCAAGAUCUGGUCAAUGAAAGAGUUCUGGACAUAUGUAGAAAAGUCUUUCACAUGGACAGAUCUUCCUUCAAAAUUCCCGACAAAAUAUGUACAGUUCCCUGUAUUUAUAGCUUCAGUCCAUUCAAACUAUGUCGACUGUAAUAGAUGGCUUGGUGAUUUUAUUUUGUCUAAGAGUGUGGACAAUGAAAUCGUAUUGUGGGAGCCAAAAAUGAAGGAACAGUCUCCAGGAGAGGGUUCAGUUGACAUCCUUCAAAAAUAUCCAGUUCCGGAGUGUGACAUUUGGUUCAUCAAAUUUUCAUACGACUUUCAUUACAAUUCAGCGGCUAUAGGGAAUAGAGAAGGGAAGAUUUUCGUGUGGGAACUCCAGUCAAGCCCUCCUGUUCUCGUCGCUAGGUUGUCUCACAUUCAGUCAAAAUCUGCAAUUAGACAGACCGCCAUGUCUUUCGAUGGAAGCACGAUUCUCAGCUGUUGCGAGGAUGGAACGAUCUGGCGCUGGGACACUGUAGCAACUUCCUGAGCUUCGCGAUUCGCGUGUCCAGAGAUGUGAUUAUAUCGGAGCACCAUUGCACUGAAAUUGUUGGUUGAAACAUUGUAGUGGAGAGGGAAUGAAAUCCUUGUAUUCUGCUGUAGUGAAGCUGACAGAUAAAUCCUAUGGGCCACUGGGAAAGUGACAAGGCAAUAUCAUAGGGGAUAUUGUAUUUAUGGUUUAAUCCUUGCUUUUGCAAAAUUUAUAGGAUAAAAUUGCAUGAAUUUUUAAGUGAAGAAAA